UCGCUUUGGCGGUUGGUCGAAGGGACGCACUCGUCCGGUCCAUGUUUGUGGUUUUGUGUUAUACAACUGGUCGAAGGGACAGUGUUGUCCGGUCCAUGUCGCUUUGGUGGCUGGUCGAAGGGACGCACUCGUCCGGUCCACGUUGUGGUGUGUAAUGUUAUGGUGUAUGAAGUUAUGGUGUGUAAAGUUGUAGUAUGUAAAGUCGCCGUGUGUAAAGUUGUUGUGUGGGCAAAAUGUUGCUUCUGUAUUAUGGUAGACAUUAUGGCAUUAUGUUCGUCAGGGUGGACGAGCGGAUCAUUAGCCGUGUACUGUUUUGAUCUUUCCAGGACGCCAUUAAACUACUACGUCCGAGGACGGACGAUUGUCAGUCUGGCCGUGUCGGCGCCGCCGUAGAGAAUAUGAGAAUACGUCGGAUUAGAGUGACAGCUGAGGAAGUGUCACUCUGACGGAGCGUCAAGUUGGGAGCAGCGCGGGAACUUUGACAUAAAGAAAAAGGCCCGCGCGCCCUCACCAGGCGAAUCGUCUCAAUUCGACGUCGUAAUUUAGUUUAUUGUUUGUUUAUCACCAUAAUUGUUAUUUCUUACUAUAAAGUGUACUCAAGACAGUGCUGGCAUUAUUAUUCAUUAUAAACUAAGCGUCUGCGGCUAGAGUAAACGAUGGAGAUUUCUGAUGUUGGUAACGAAGAGCCGACAUACUUAUGUUAUUUACUCUUUAAAGUUGGCAAUACUGGAGAAUUCUUGAUUCUUCUCAAAAUAUUUUGAAAUGUCAAAUCAGAACAAAAAUGGCUGACGACGACGAAAUUGACAUUCUAGGAGAUUUCUCUUUUAAUUCCUGUUUUGCUCAAAAUAACCAAGGAAUCCCUUCGUGUUCGAACAGAGAGGACACGGUGCACCCGCAGUGGCUCCUCGACUCCACGGAGACGAACUGGUACGAUAAACAAACUAAUAGGUUCAAAGAAAGUUCACCAAGGAAGCUUUAUGGCAAUAACUCUUCAGACAGACACUACAUUGAUAUACAUACUGCAUGGAGCUCAUCAGAGAGAGAACUUCUUAUCAAAGAAAUGGCAAAGUAUGGCAGAAAUGUGAGAAAGAUAUCACAGACAUUGAAAACUAAGACUGAAGCAGAAAUACAGGCUUUAAUUGAGGCUGAAUAUGGAGUCAAUCUAGAGACUCCAUCAUUUGGCCUUGACAAACCGGAGGACCAUGAGGAUGUGCCCGCGGUAGUCCAGGAAGAAAUAGUAACAGAUGACAUGACCAGUAUAAAUAAUGUAAUUAACAUGGUAACCACUGGAGCACCCACAAUAAAUAUACCAAAGAAACCAUUCAGAAAAAAGAACACAAACUCCAAAAGUUUACUGAAACCAGAUGUGUUGAUAGAUAAAAAGGCUGAAUUGAUGGCAAUAAACCCAGCAGAAAUAUUGUAUGAAGAUGAUUUGAUAAUAGGCUCCACAGAAUCUAUUGGUUCUGACUUAGACCUGACUGAUAUUGUGUCUAAGAAUAUUGUUAAAUAUCAAGCGAAAGUUAAGGCUGAAAAGAAGAUUGGUAAUCAUAGGAGAAAAAAAUCUAGGAAUUAUGAUAAAGGUGCUCCUAGGAAUAAAAGUAAGGAAUUGUUGAAGACACCUCCAGGGAGGCAGAGAAAGGAUUCUAGUCUUUCUGAGGAUAGUGUGAAGAGCCCUAAGAUGCAAAUAGUGCUGGGUUCUGGACUAGCUUUACCAGUUUCAGAAGGAGAGCAAGUGAUAAAAAUUGAAAAGAAAAAAGACUCGGAUCCCGAAAGCGACAUAGAAAUAGACGUGGACAGCGACAGUGAGAGCAGCACGUACAAGACUACGCCUAAGAAGGAACAGAUUAAAGCUAGUGAUGAAGCUCCCAUAGCUGUACCACUGAGCAGGUUCGAGCCCAUGCCCAAGAGACAGAAGAAAAUUAACUUGGACGGCGGCGGCGGCUACACAAUAAUGCAUACGGCGUCAGGUGACUUGUAUGCAGUAGGUGCCGAGCCGCGUCGCGUCCGCGUGUCCCGGCCUCCGCCCGUGCAGCUGUUACACUGUCGGCUUUAUAGUGCUGACAAACCGGCACCAUUCGACGUUCGUAUGCACGUAUCAACGCUUCUACUAAUGGAUGGUCACGCGCACACGUCACGCGGCGAGGUGAUGGGACUUUUAGGAGGCAACGUCAGUGAGACAGUCAGGCUGGCACUCACCAUCACUGCGUACCGCCCGGCUGCUGCCGCUGCUGGCAGCACGCACUGCGAGAUGGACCCAGUGUCCCAGUCGAUAGCGGCGGAACAAGUCCGUGCUAUCGGAGCCCACGUGUGCGGCUGGCACCACUCGCACCCGGAGUUCCCGUCGGCGCCGUCGGCACAGGACCUGCGGUCGCAGCGGGCGCUGCAGAGGGCGCUGGAGCGGCCGCGGGCGCCCUGCCUCGCGCUCAUCACCGCGCAGCACUGGCCCACCGGCCGCACCGCCUCCAUGUACCGUUGCUUCCGUGUAGACGACGAGGACGCCUCGGACCUGCCUACCGGCUUCCAAUUCAGCGUGAAACUGCUAUCAGAUCUCACUACUGACAACUUAGCUGCCUUCCUGCAAGAGUUGCAUACCGUUAUGAUUGAUAACCUCGCCAGCAAUGAGCUCAGUGUCAAUGUGAGCAGCGAUGUCUGUCCGCAGGCGGGUAUUACGUAUUUGGAGAAGUUCAUAUGCAGUGCAUCACAUCACAUGCGGUCGGCGGGCUACGAGGAACACGACCCUCUCGUCAACCAGCUCAUACAAGGAAUUAGAGAUAUAUUCAGAUGAAACUGUUGCUAAACUUAUUUUAAGGAUUUAACCUAUUGUGUAAAUGCAGUUAUGCACAAUAACUGGUCAGUAUAUAAAAACGAUUUAAUGUCAAUGAAUGUUUAUUCUGUAAAAAAAAAUAAGGCAAUAAUAGGUACAACUUCAGAUACAUAAUAGCUGUAAUUGAUGACUCAAUGCCUCAUCGCUUCACGUAAAAAAUGUAAUACCUAUAUUUUUUCCUGAAUCAUUCUGUAAUGUAUUCUAGUGUUGGGAGAUUUUUUUCUUGUCUAAAGCGCUUUUUCAGUGCUGCAGAAAUUUGUUUAAAUUUUUUUGUUGCAUACCCAAUUUCUGUUUUAAUUGCCUGUAUCACGCAUUGUAUCAUAUUUUAAAAUUUACUUUUGAGUGAUUAGUAAGACAAUAAAUUAUAAUGCAAAUAAGUUAUUGGUGAUUUAUAGAAUACCUAAUAAAUUCAUUUUUAUUCAUUCAAAUUUUUAAAUUAUUUUAUGUUUGUGUAACUUUAAAUUAAUUCAUGGUACAGUAUUAUUUAUUAAUAAGCAAGCAGGUGCAUUGUAUUUUCGAGUAGCUAAUGGCUAUAUCACAGCUGUAGGCAACAUUAUAAACCUGUCAUCUGUGAAGUUUUUAUGUACUUUAAACAAUGAUUGUAAUUAUAAAAUGUUCGAAUUAAA